AAAAUUGGAUUUAAAUCAAAACAACCACAAAGACACAAUCUCAGGUGGGGAAGCCCCAGUUUAGAGCAUAAAUUAAAGCACUAGAUCAGCUUCACUCACUAGUAGAACUUCAAGCCAUCUCUGAACCUGAGCAGAUCUUCAAGACCGACACUGAAAUGAAGACGUUUGCAGCUUUGGCUCUCAUCUGUCUGCUCGUGGUCGACGUCAGGGGACAGGCAAGAGACCCCAGAGGAAGGUGUUUAUGUGCUGAUGGCGGCCUCAAAAUGCUUCGUCUAAAUCGGGUUGAGAAACUUGAUAUUUUGCCUGCAAGCCCCUCCUGUGGAAAACAAGAGAUCAUUGCUACUCUGAAGGACGGUGCAGGGAAGAAAUGCUUGAACCCAGAGUCCAAGUUUAUCCAGGAGCUCAUCAAGAAGAUGAUGGAAAGCAGGCGCUCACAGUAGAAGAACCUCCAGAGUGUCAUUUGUCUUCAAGGUUCUUUCUGUAGACACCCUGAGGACAACAGAAAGAAGGCAGCUGUUCAUCAGUCAUGGACUUUCACUAUGCAGAUAUUUUCUUUUAUAUCUAUAUAAAUAUAGAUAUUUAUUUUACAUCUGACAUUUCUCCACUGAAUGUACGUUUUUCAAUGUGAAUACUUUUGUUCAGCUGAGCACUAAACACUGUGAUGUACAAAGAUUUCUUAUUUCGCUUUGUGUCUGCACUUUUUACUUUUUGUUCUGUGGAGAGUGACUUUAAGUUUUGAAAUAGUUGAGAGUGGAACUCAAUAAACAAACUUCUCAAAAGA